AUGGCCGACACCUCAAGUCUCAUAGAUCUCGAAGAAGAACAUGUGUUUACUCCUUUGGGCGAGUGGGGCGGUAAAAUUGGCGAAUUGGCAAAAGAAAAUGUGAUCGCUCUAUCAAAAUCCUUCAGACCAAUCCUAAGACCGAUACUCAACGACGUGCUAGGCAACAGCGACCCGCAAGAUGAGAUUUUUCGGUUACUCUCACGCUUACAAGCUUUUAACUCGACAUUCAAUUUUGCAGAAAAUGGAUGUACCGACUGUUAUGAUAUAAUAGCGAAUCACAUAGCCGAGAAAGAGGUGAACAGUUAUAGAUCAAGUAUACAGUCGAUGCGAUUCUACGGAAAGAAGCGACCUUCCAGUGGAGACAUCGGUCAGGUUGCCGACGAACAUGUAAACAACAACCACCCACGAACGAAAACCAUUAGUAACAAUAUGCGAAAUAAUUAUAAUCACAAUAAUAUUACCUCUUUCUUUAACAACCAUUAUGAUAACAAAAGGAGUUUAACUCCUCCGAACAAUCGUUGCAUCAACUAUUACCAUCGGAAUCGGUGUCAUGAAUACUAUGGAAAUGAUCGAAACAACGGAUCAUUGUUCUGUAAUCUCAAUAUUCUUGGUCACUCCAAUGGUGAGAGUAAGGUUGGCGAGAACGUGACCAACCGUGACAAUCACAGGUCCGCUCAUCCACAGAAUAGUUUGAGAAGUUCAAAGGAUUCGGUGAACGGAAUAGAUUUGGGCAUGCUGGGUAGUGGUGUGGUCGACGUGGAGUGCGCAUCAUAUGACUCCUCUACCUUGGGUCCAUGGUGA